UCCAACCUCAGACAAUAAAAACAAGGCGAAGCCCGCACACACACACACACACGGCAGCAGCAUCUCCAUUCUCAGCCGGGCACCCGAGCCAUGUCUGAAGAGGAGUGACGAGCUCACACAACGGCUGCGAGAAAUAUGGAUACACGGCCGACAUGGAGCUGGGACUAGAGAUGUAGCUGCAAGGAUGCCAGCCCACUUCAUCUCCCGCUUGCUCCUCUUCGCCUCGAUCUGCGCGGUCUGGGAGGCGCUGGCCAAAUCUCUUCCAGAUCAGGGAGCAGUUGAGGUCCAAAUAAAAAUCCAGGUGUUCGACAACAGCGACCUUUCACCUUUGGCCGACGCUCUGGUGGAAGUUCACGGGAAUCAGACUGUCUUGGCGUCCAGCAGGGCGGGCAGGGAUGGCGUCCUGAGGGUCAGCUUCCCGUACCGCACAGGAACCUGGGUGGUCAUCACGGCCUCCAAACGAGACUACGUCACCAACUCUGUGCCCUGGCACUCCAGCCGAAUUCCCCUGUACGCAUCAGUCAGCCUGUACCUCCUUGUUCAGAGGCCUGGAACUCUUAUUCUGUAUGAUGACGUCCUGCAGGUGCUCUCGGGGUCACCAGGAGCUCGUAACCAGCCACUGGUGCAGCUUCAGAGGAAGUCCCUGCAGCUGCCGUCCAACUCAAACUACACGGCGCUGUCCGCCGCUCUGACCACAGCCAGGACUCAGUAUGAGGUCGGGGGGUUCCCGUUUCUCCUGGGCCAAGAAACCAACAGCUCAGGUGCAGAGACAGGAUGGACGGACUUGACAGCUCUCGCCGUGGUCAGCAUUCAGCUCUUCGACAAAGAUGGCGACCCGAUCCAGGUGUCGGAUCCGAUCCACGUCUCUGUCCCGCUGCCGUCGGACACCCGCAACAGGAUGGCCACCAGCGUUCCCGCUUGGCUGUAUCAGCAGCCUAAGACGGGACUGUGGGUCAGGAACGGGACGGGCUACAUCAAAAAGGACGGCCAGCAGUUUGUGUGGAAUGUGGUCGUCCCUCAGAUGGGAUACUGGUUAGCUGCCUUCCCUACAUCUUCAGGAUUGGGUCUGUCUCAUCCAGGCUUGAGGGACAUCACCACCACCUACCACACCCUGUUCCUGCUCUCCAUCCUGGGCUCGCUGGCCCUGCUGGUGCUCAUCCUGCUCUGUGUGCUGCUCUACUACUGCAGGUGUGGGGAGCGUAGACGAAGGCGAAAGUGUUUGAAACCUCGUCGACAGCAGGCGAAACCUCACACGGCCAAUACAAACGGUGCGAAGAGGGACCAGGGUACGUCUACUUCUCGCCUGAAUCUUAUUUGCGGAGGCCAUGCUGAGUCGGGCGCCUCCAACGAGAAAUCUGAAAUGUCCCCGUCGCGAGACUACCAGAGCUCAAAGGAGGACUUGACCAAACACGUCCCGGCUCACAUGCUGCGGCACGCGAAGGGGAAAAAUAAUUCUGGUUCCCAGCGGGGCGAGAGCCUGGCCAUGAAGGUCACACGGGCCACCGAGACCAACAACCUGGACAACCCUCUGCUGCAUGAAGACUACAACCGGGGCUACAGCCAAAUGGAGGGCAAAGAGUCCGAGUACCAUCGACACCACAGCGCCAACGACAAUCGGGGGUACUCCUCCGAUCCCCCGUCCCCGCCUCGCUUCCAGGGGUACGUGCCAAACCAGCAGUCCGACAAACCCCCCGAGUACUCGGCCGCGGCUGCGGACAGCCUCGCAAGACCGACAUCCCUCAACACCCAGGCGGGUCAGAUCAUCUUCUGCAGCUCUAUCGACCAGAUGAAGGAGAACAUGUACCGGAGCAUGGUGCCGACGCUGGUCAUCCCGGCGCACUACAUGCGUCUGCCCUCCGAGUUCUCGGGCAAAGACGGCAAGGAUCAGAAAGACCAGGACAAGAACGGAGCGCAGAUGGGAGGAGGGCCGCAUCAUCACCACCACUCCCAGAAACAAGGCCAGCAGCACCAGCAAGGGGGUUCCGGGGGCGACGACUCCGAGGACCCGAGCUGGGCGUCCGACUCCUCCGGCGGACCCGUGACCAUCCCCGUGCUCUUCAACGACUCCACCAUGGCUCAGAUGAACGGCGAGCUGCAGGCCAUGACCGAGAAGAAGCUGCUCGAGCUGGGGGUGAAGCAGCACCCGAGAGCGUGGUUCAUCUCCCUGGACGGACGCGACAACGCCCACGUGCGCCACUCCUACAUCGACGUGGCCAACGAUCUGAGCGGCGGCGGGAUUGGCGCGUUUUUGAGCGGCCCGAACAGCGGCAGAGACGUCAACCUCGAACCGCCUCUGGAGUCCCAAGAGCGCAAGUCGGGAGUCAACCGGAAGGGCAAAGAUGAGCGCUGGGGGACGGGAGGGCGGAAGAGCCACGGCAGCGGCAGUGGUGGCGGCGGCGGCGGGGGGAAGACGUACUCGAAGUUGGCCUACCCGGACCACAGCGAUCCCAGCAGCAGCAGCGAGGGGCGCCCGGUCUCGCCCGAGGAGAACUCCCUCACCCCGCUUCUCGACGAGGGCCCUUCCUCACGGGGGUCCACUAUUCCCAGGAGGGGGCGCAGCCGCGUGAACAGCAGCCGCAGCAGCAACAACAGCAACAGCGAGAACCGACGCGACUCCAUCACCAGUCCCGAGGACGACCCCGACGACAAAGACGAGAACAAGAAGAGCCCCUGGCAGAAGAUCGAGGACAGGCCUCUCAUGGUCUUCCACCCCAGGAAGUGAACGCCGUUUUUGAACACUUUGGACCUUUUUAACGAUCUUUUCCAAAAGGGGGAAAUCUGAGUGAUGUUCCCGCAGAGAGAUCUCACAAUAAGCACAACCAUGCUUCUUCACCGGUCCAUCUUCAGGUUGUUGUUGUUGUUCGACCUUUGUGUUUCUGGUGAGGUGCUUUUGCACUUUUGUAGUCUCACUGUUGGUGAAUCUCACUGGUUUCCACUAAGAAGAUCUGUCGUCUACUGAAACCUAGUUUAUUGCGAGUCGUGUUCACCUAUCACACCACUGAACCAUCGUCUGAGCCAUUGCAUCUACUGACUGUGGAAAUAGCCAUUUUAUAGAGCAGAAUAUAAGAACAAAGCACUUAUUAAUACUUUGAGAAUUCAUUGAGCGGUACUUAUCGAGUAUUUGGAAGUAGAUGGAGUUUUUAUGGCACCGAUAGGUUUUUAGGUAAAUUAGAUUUCCCUUCCCUGGAGGUUCAUAUCAAUGACUUGUCCUGUUCCCUUAACUGUAUCUAGAAUAAGUUUUCUUUGAAGAAAACAUGUUCCCAGAGCUUAAAUAUGUUCUGUUUUUUUCUUGAGCCCCUGUGACUGGAUAAUGCAAAUCUAUUUGUCCAAUGUGCGACUUGCAUUUUUGCUCCUUCAGGGAUGUUCUUCAUUUCCUCUUUUUCCUGUAAUGUUUUUUCGAAUCACUUAUUCAAAUUUGAAAUGUUGAGCGUCAUCUUGUUCCAGUGUUUCCGCCAAUCCUCUCUGUCUUGAUUGAUCUACAUAUCUGCCAAAAGUUUUUUCAUAUGUCUUUUUUUUCUCUCCCGUUGUCGAGACAAAGACUUGAAUCUUUGCUUUUUCCUGGCGUGUAAAUAAAUUCCCAAACAUUUCAAAGACAAUUUGAUAAAGAAAGAUUGCAUGCAUACACUAUGAAUGUAUGAAAUAAAACAGAAGGCACCAAAAGCCCCUCCCCCUUCAACAUUUCUUCGGGCUCCUGCAUAGACAACCCCAAAUCGGCAAGAAACGUCGAAACAUCACUUUACUUGAAUCUAUUUAAUAUCCGAGUGAGAUCUACAGGGGUUGUUUGUCGGCAGGGCCUGCACCACUUCUCUCCUGUAAGUGCCUUCUUUCACAAAGAAUCGAGUGAUAGGCAUGCAGGUCCCUUUUUUGAGAUGUCACCUUAGCUAAUCCGUCGUUGAGAUAGGCGAGCACUAAAGCAGCACGCUGCAGCGAUCGUGGUAACAUCGACGAUGACGCGUCACUCGGGGGAGCAUGCCUGCCAAAAAAAAGUUCCACUUUUCUUGCGGCUUUUACGUCCUUGAUUAUCUUACUUUCUUGUAUCUAUCCUCUUUUUCACCAAACUUGUAAAUGCUACGAUGAACUAUAUGAGAUUUUAACGUGUAUAACGAUGUGCAUGUGACGUAGAAUAGGGUGUUUUUAAUGAAAUCUUUUUUUGAACUGAUCCAGGAUGUUUGGCGUUUAAAAAAAAAAAAAAAGAAGAAAAAAAUGAUGCACUGACGCAUUGAAUUGUGUUUUGCCAAAUGAACUUGGUUAUACUGAGAUACACUGAGACUUUUUUCCGUAAUCCAGCUCUGACAAAAUCACUUCCGGUCGUAAAUGUUUACAACAAUGACAUGCUGACCAACACGCUCUCCCGCCGUUUCUUAGCAUCACCACUGCCUACGACGCAUCAACAACUGUGAAUCAAUAAUCGUGCAGAUUCAGAACCCGACAUUCUCGUGUUUUUAAGAGUGCAAUCUUAACGGCUGUAUAAAAAGGUCACGCUGGUCUGUUGGUCCUUUACACCCAUUUGCUUGCUGUUCAUAACGCUUGUGUAGCCUACAGAACAAACUGGGAAUGUGAUGUGAGUCAUAGUGAAGAGUAACGCAGCCAUGAAACAUGAAACACGUCCUACUGAAACGUCUCUUCCACUGCUGUAAAUGUACAUUUCUUUGGCCCAGAUAUGGAAUUAACUGAGUUGUGCAAUCGUGGCUUUCCUUGCUUGUUUUUGUUUGGUUUAUUUACAUGAGGAAAAUCAUUUUUUCUCUGUAGAUUUUGUGAACCUGUUGUUUGGACAGAGCGCGCUCUGUCACAGCUGAACUGAAUCCCAGAGAGGUGACUCCUUCUGGUGUGUCAACGGGGCUGUGUCGGGUUUUAGACGAGGAUUGAACUGUAGGCCUUCACCCCGUGCAGUGAAUCAUUUUGCUUCAUGAACCUGGUCAGUUGUUUGUAAACUGUAAAUGGAUUCUUUCUGUACAUGAGGAAAAAAAUAAAAAUGCAUUUGUUCCCAAAGUCA